CAACAUCGUCAUGGGGUUUUCCAUCUGUUUCAUCCCUUAUCCACGAUAACGAUGAGUGGAAGCAGCUCCCCAGACUACAAGGCGCUUUUCUUCAAAGCAGAGGAGGAAAGGAAGCGGGCAGAGGAGGAGAGGGGGCUGGCAGAGGAACGCCAAAGGCAGGAAGCCGAGCUGAGAAGGCAAGCAGAGGAGGAGAGGAGGCUGGCAGAGGAACGCCAAAGGCAGGAAGCCGAGCUGAGAAGGCAAGCAGAGGAGGAGAGGAGGCUGGCAGAGGAACGAGAGUGGCAAGAGAGGGAGCGCAACCGACCGACGACAUUUCCAGAGUUCAUCCGACAUUGCCAUGAUCUCCUUUGGAGGCCUCUACGAGUGCAAACACCGUCUCGCUCCACGACAGGCAAAAUCCCUGCUCCCACCAGAAAACACUGCCCUAUACGACUGCUUCCGUGGACCGACUGUGAAGCUAGACAACGGGAAAUUUAUGAAUCUGUUUGGCGCUACCUUCAACCGACGGAAGAGGACGCACGACAGUUAUUCACGCCGCUAGUUGCGUUGGAAGACCAUGGUCGACGAUUUGCGCGUCGACCGAUCAGCAGUGAACAGGACCUCCAGACCUAUGAGCGACUCGCUGUUGAAGACCAUGUGCAUGACAUCAUCGCUGAGUUAUGCAAAAUACCAGAUGCUCGCGAGGAGUUCCGGUUAGGCAGCGGAGUGUGGUUUGAUAAUCAUGCCCACGCACUGGAUGAAGAUGAUGAAAUUGAGGCGAGACAGUCAUCAAGCACAAAACCUCCAAAACCAGAUCAAUAUUGCAUCCAUCGAGUCAAUGAGAACACAAGUACCUUGCUCACUACGGUCGAAUACAAACCACCCCAUAAACUCCCCGUGGCGACCCUGCGUGAGGGACUCCGACCAAUGGAUUUUUGGCAAGAAAUUGUUGAACCCGAUAUUGUUCCGACGGUAGAGCCGGCGAAAUCACGAUAUAAUGCCGCGCGGCUAGUCGGAUCCGCGAUUGUCCAAGAAUUCCACGUGAUGAUUCAAGAAGGCCUUGAGUAUUCAUAUUUAACAAACGGCCUGGUGGACGUGCAGCUCUGGGUGCCACAUGAUGAUCCGAGUACCCUCUAUUAUGACCUGGGUGACCCCAGUAUGUAUGGAACAGCAGGUGUCGGAGGACCAGGGGCUCCCAUGACUCGAAUUGCAAGGACUCUGUGCCUCUGUCUGAUGAGUUUUCGCACUCCUCUUCGUGAUCAGGCCUGGCGGAAUGUCGCCGACAGCAAGCUACCGAAAUGGCACACGAGUUUCGAUAGCGAGCGCUCCCAAAUUCCAACGGCGGAUUUACCACAGAACUCAAACGUGGACUAUGCUAGCACUGAUUUCACUAGUCCUGAGCAGACCACCUCUGAGUACCUCUCAUCAUCGUCCUCAGCGGGGUCUCCCGUCACCACCGGCCGUCGAGUGCCCACACGAGCGGCCCCUGGCUGCGCGCCAUCAUCCGACCAGCGCCUCCAAGAGGAUUCUUCAGAUUCUGAGGUAGACCCCGCCGCAUCUGCUGGACGGAAGCGUAGGUUUAGCCAGGUCACAUCGUCACCUCCGUCCCAACAGUCUGCACCCCGAGCAGGUCCCCAAGCCAACCAAAGCGGGCAAUCUCGUCUACAUGAGGCUCAAUAUUGCACACAAAAGUGCCUUCUUGGGCUACAACAAGGCAGCACGUUUGACCCUGAUUGUCCAAACACGGAGCUGCAUAUGCUUGGCAGAAGUGACCGACACCCGAUCAGCGCAGAUGACUUAGUGAAGAAGCUCAAGGCGCAGCUUGAUCAGGAUCUGGAUCAUAACUGCACUCCAAUAGGCCCUUGUGGGUCCUACGGCGCACCAUUCAAGAUUACUUGUGCCACCUUUGGAUAUACAGUUGUCGGGAAAGGGACGACUUCGAGGCUCUGGACGGAGGUGUCACGCGAAGCUGAGGUUUACCGUGUCCUUCAGCGUGCCCAAGGAUCAGCUGUUCCAGUCUUUCUCGGGGCGAUCAAUUUGGCCCAGAUCUACUUCCUCCACGGCGCAGGAAAAAUCCGUCAUAUGCUCCUGAUGGGCUGGGGUGGCGAGAGCAUGAGCCAUAUAACCCUGGAUAAGACCAUCCACCGUGCGAUUUCUCGGUCGGUGAAGGAGAUCCGUUCUUUGGGCAUUUCACACCAGGAUCUUCGUCUGGAAAACAUCUUGUGGAAUGCUGAGCUCAAACGAGCCUUAAUUAUUGACUUCCAUCGAUAUACAUUGGACUGCCGGCCGAUGCACAAGCGACCAGGUCCUCUCAAACGAUUACGGCGUGGACCCGAGGAAUGUGAAUCUAAAAGAUUGCAUGUGGUGUGAAUGGAUGCCACUGGGGACAGAACUUGAGUACUAGAUCAACGCGGAGAGUCAAUGGGCGCUACAGAUGGCUUAUACAUGAAUGAAUGACAAUUGCGGUGCGGUGACACUCUUCAUCUAUGCCAAAAUCUCAUGACCCCUCCAUUAACUAGCGAGUCUGGACCUCCGCCGUUAAACUUGCCCGAUACUCGCUCUCCGCCGGCAUCACAUUCCUGGUAAUAUUCGAACGACUUCCGGAGGAGACUGUCCCUUCAGCGAGCCUGUUGCUGGCGUAUUGCUUUGCGGCUGUUGGAGCGGCGCCUGUGGAUGAUCUUUUGUUCCUCUUUCAUUGUACAUGGAUCGGGAUUCUUUCACUGGAGAUAUGCGGGUUUCUCUAAAUGGGAGGCUAGUUCUAGAAUUGCUUUUUCAGAGCGAAGAUGGAAGGACCUAGGAAAAAUGCCAAAAAUAUCAUAAAUAAGACGCUUUUAUGUCAAGAUCCAUAGUAAGCUAUAUGGA